CUGAGUUGGGACCCCAGGAACAGCCAUGGGCCAGCAAUACAGCGUCGAAACUCUUACAGCGUCUGACGAAAGUGAUGGCGGAAAAUACUGGUCCAGUUUUGAACCCUAUCCCAGCAAAGUUGGUGGCCGUAAGCUGGCUUAUCUCGGCCUGCUGAAUGGAGGAGGACCCAAAGCCGGAGAGAAAUGUAUUGUCAAGGUGUUAAAGAAUGGAAUCGGUACUUACGCGGACUGGAACUGUGACGUAAAAAAAGCUCGAGCAGCGAGAGAUAUGGCAAAAACAUUUGGCGUGGAAAUGAAAGAUCGCGAUAUUGAUGUAAACUUUAACUUUAUCAUGCCAAUUUUAGCUGAGAUAGACGAGGUUUCGAUGUUUACAUGUAUGAACGUUGUCAUGCGAAAACCUAGAAAGAAAUUUCAUGAGUUCGAGCUUGUUUCAAUAGAACCAUAUCUUGAUGGAAAAUUUGAGCUGUUUGAAUUCGGUUCGUCGAGUCAUUAUAACGCUGUUAUUGCGCAUGCGUUUUCGCAUUAUACUUGGUUGAAAUCACACGGUGAGUUUGUGAUAACUGGUCUCAAAGGAGUACAGCAAUUGAACAAAUACAAUCUAACCAUUCCUACAAUCCAUUCUCGUUCCCAGAGGUUUGUACAUACCGACAAAGGAUAUAGAGGAAUCGAGGACUUCUUUUCUACACAUCGCUGUAACGACAUAUGCCGAGUAUGGCCGAGACCAGACAACGUGUUGCAGAGACCGAAACUCAGCAACAGUGAAAUAGACAUGAUGUCACUCCAGCUACAGAACAUAGCGGAAAUACAACCAAAGGGGGCAGCACCCGCGGCCAUGCGCAUGUCUGUGAGUGAUAUGUAUCUGAUGCGAAACUAUCCAAUUAGAACCGGAAGUCAUCAGAAUGGUCAGCUCUGCGCAUGUUCUUACUUCGGAUUACAGUGUUCUCAUAAUCAUCAUCCAGUAUCCAUGGUGAUGUGUACCAACAAGUCAGCAACGGAUGAUGAUGUGUUUGUAUGAUUCCAUUGGCCAUGAAGUCUGAGAUGUUAAUAAGAAAUCUCAACAAAAGACGUGGAAGUAUGCAAUACCACAGUAUAGAUGGUAUACCGAAUAAUACACUACAGUAGCGACAAAUGGUCAUACUAGUCUAUAUUGUAUUCAACUGAUUACGCAAACAGGUAAUAGUGUUCAAUACUACCAAAGUUAAUGUUGCGUUCACACAAGCUAUUAUGUCUCGUCAAUAAUUUCUUAAGACGCGGGCGUAUUGUCCAAAUCUUCCAGCAUAUGUUUAGCUCGCUGUCAAAAUAUAUCUUUUUAUUUCAUGGAUGUCAUAAUCGUCUUUACAUGGUUAUUAUACAGCUGUAUUCAACGACCCAAUGAAACCAAAAUAGGAAGUCUGUCUUUAAGAUGAUUGCCUUAUGUUAUCGGUCUGUUUAACUUUAUUUUCCUUAAACUAUAGUUUGGUAACAUGACAUCCGUCAACUAAAGAAGGGCAAUAGAUUUGCAGGAGUAAUGAAACCAUUGAGUAUUCACAAAAGUCGUUGUUUAUGAAAACCUCUCAGUUCAAUUAUGUCAGCAAAAUAAGGAGCAUUGCUAUCAUGUGUAAUAUGGCAUGUAAAUAUAGUUUAAUGUGUUGGUGUAAACAUUCAGCUUUAGGUUUAUAUAUAUGUAUUCUAUCUUCGUUUUAAUGGAAAUCAAAAAUUUGUACAACAUGCUGCAUGCUAUAUCAUUUAAGUAUAUUUAAGUAAACAUAUCAGUAAAACAUUAACAAUAAAGUAUACAUAUCAGUAACACAGUAACACUAAAGUAUAUACAUAUCAGUAUGCUACUAAAUAUACAGCUACAGUCUGUUACUCUCUAGUGAUAACAGUACAUGUAAUAUACAUAUACGUUUGCUACUCAUUAAAAGUACUCUUGUCACAGCAAAGUUUCAUUAAUGACAACAUAACCACUUAUAAUUUUAAUACAAAUAAAGCGUGCAGCUGUUGUCAGCAGUGACAAUUACAAGGUCACAUUAGCUGAGAUUUGAAAUUAUAAUGUAGGAACAAAGUAGAAAAAUCAUGGUACGUUUUCGCAGGGAUACUAUUAUCGAUUUUGUUGAUACGUAAUUUGUUAAUGUUGUAGAAAAAUGUAUUUGCGAGUUUCGUGUAAGUGCAGAUGUCUACACAAUAUUUGUUUUAGUUAAAUGUUUUGAGAUAAUUUGAAAAUAAAGUAUGAUGUUACUCCAGUUUAAUCUGGUUAUAAUUAAAUGUUUUAAAUCUACCUACAUGCAAUUUUGAAAGGCCAUCAUUUAAUUUCAAACUGCACAACAGAAGCUGAUAUGAAUUCCUGGAAUAGGCUGUAAUUUUUUAGCACAACAAACUCGUCAGCAUGACGCCAAUAACUCAAUGUCGUAUCACAAGGUAGAUGUUUAUGAAAUAUACUAAGAUGUCUACGUCUGAAAAAAUGAAUUUAAUAUCCCUUCAGCAAUAAGGCAACGGCUUGAUGCCAAA